UCAGUUGCAUCUACCGUGUCGCAACAAUCCGCGCUUUAUCAGCGACGCAUUUUUUUAUUUCUCGAGUGCACCGACGCAUUUUGUUCACAAACCGGCAAUUAUCCGGUAAAAUGUUCGCGAGAAAUUGAAACCAUCAUCGAACCGAAAACGCCGAUGCGUUUACGCGAGGAUCGGGCGGGUGAUGACGACGAGAUGCUGUAGCUGAGAGUUAAUCAAAGAGUGAAGGGGAUUAAUUUCAAAGGUUGAAGGAUCAGUGGAAAAUGGCUAGUCUAGCCGGCAGCUCCGGGGGCUUUCCCCGGGCCCCGACGAUGCUCGAACAGCUGCUAGAGGAGAUCAAUUUCCAGAGGACCAAGGAGAUGAGGCAGCUGCUCAAGGACGAUUCCGGAUUUGUGAUGCUGCAGGGGACAACCUACUGGACGGACCUGUUUGUCCGUCACUUUCUCUUUCAGGCUGAGCACACCAUCGACGGCGACGAUCUGCUCUUCUUUGUACGGAAAAAACACAUUAAGACGUCGUCCCGAUAUGUACCGAAGUUCGAGACUGAGGUCGAUGUCUUCAGGAAGGACAGCAAGAAGCUGCCGAUUGGCGAUCCUGAUAUAGACUGGGAGGAGACGGUUUAUCUCAACCUCGUUGUGCACCAGUUCGAUUACACCCUUACUUUGGCUAUUUGCACGAGGACUAGUCCAAAGGAAUUGCAAGUACUCAGACGACACUCGCAGAAGGUGUACGCGAGUCCCAGUCGACGUAGAAUGGACGCCAAAGGGGAUCUCGAGGAGAUGACUUAUCCGCACAUUUGCUUCAUGGUUGAUAACUUUGACGAAGUAUUCUGUGAUAUUUUAGUUAGGGACGGGGAGAUGGUGUGUGUUGAACUGGUAGCUUCGGAUCGAGAGGGAGCGGUGCAAGGGGUCAUCUUCCUCGGGUCCAUUCGGUAUGACGCGUUGAAGAAGGUCUACGAUGCGAGGUCGAGCCUGAGCACCAAGAUGGCUCAGAGAAUGACUUUCGGACUCUUCUCCGGGGCGUCUUCUCAGCGAGUGGAAUUCGUCCGCAUGAAAGGACCCCAAGGCAAAGGCCACGCCGAGAUGGCUGUGACGAAGCCAAAAGGUUCGGGCGCCGAAACCCCGACGUCGGAGCCCGGCUACUCCGUCACGGACGCCCUCUGGGACGCCGACUGGGACGACGCCGAAGAACUCUUCAUGUAUCGUCACCAGAGAAGACUGUCAGACCCAAGUUCCAAUCUCAAUAAUUUCGUCCGCGGUGGCUGGCGGACGAAGCCAGAUCAGUGUGCGUCGAAAGCGAGAUCGGAGAACGAGGGUCUCGACUCCAUGGCCAAUGGGCUCAAUGAAAUCGAGGCUGGGGACGUGCGUGACGCUAAAGAUCAGGCGAGCAGCUGGGGCGGCCGGGUCGCGUCGUCAUUGCGCCCUGGACGUAAAGAUAAUCGGAGGAGUCCACGCGUGACGAGACGCGGGCCCUCUAGAGAACGAAGUGACGAGAGGGACCGGAUUGAGAGUAAUUGUGACAAUGAGAAUUGUCCAUCGCCGAGACGUUACGCCGGAACGCCGAAGCGUCGUCAGCGUCACAGGACGCAUCACCAUAUCGAGGUGGGGAGUGAGUCCCUGCUGGUGACGACUGGUGACAAUCUCACGGAGGACAACGUCAUGCAGAAACUGGACACUGGAGCCAUUCUGGUGAACGGAAAGGAGGAGCUGCCCCUGGGGUACGGGGAGAGUGAGGACAAUGCCUUCGUCAAUCAGAGAUUACCGAAUUACAAGGAGAACGGGGACACGCGAGGAUUCUUGUCGUCGGACGGAAACCCAGAGGAGCCUCUUCGCCGAAGACACCGGGCGCGUCAUCACAGGCCCCGUCGGUACUUCAGUGACGACGAACUCUUCGGAGUUGUCGGGAGGAAGAACGGACGCGUUGUUAAUGACGCCGGGUCCAACGGAAGGACCGACACCGACGACGACAAUCAUCCGAGAAUUUCGCCGAAGGACAAGAACGCUAAUGCCAGGAUUUCAAAACCUCUGGACAGCUGUCAGAGGCAAAGCGCAACUCUGCCAAGGAGGCGCAGAAGAAGGGCCCUGUCAGGCAGUGUCAUCGGGAAUCAUCCGCUUCCGCCCCACAGGGUCACACCAGAUGGCACUGCCAUCUACUACUGGUGCGAGCUCCCGCGCCGCCCCGGCUCUCAGGAGCUGGAUGACGGGGCUUAUAAUCCAUUGUGGACGAUGAGGGGGUUCACGCAGACGUUUCACUUCUGGAAGGAGACCAGGAGGGCACAAUCAGUUCCUUUGAAUGCUUUUUUAACGUACAUCACUUUACCCUGGUGGAGUAUAGCCAAAGACAUAUUGGACCACCGAGAGGAUCCCAUUUUGACAUUCUAAUGAUCGGCCAUAAUCACUGGAUUUGAAUUUUUUUUACUGGAGAAAAAGUACUGUCGGCCCAAACCAGGACCGAAGCGUUGACUAAACUUUUACCUUCUGCUCCCUCCCCAGACCACCAGGUCGAGAAAGACGUCAACUUGUACAAAGUACUAUUCAACGCAACCGUUGUUCCAUUAUUUCAUGUAAAAAUUCGAUCAAUACACGUGAUUUUGUUUGUA